AUGUACGGUCAUAAGCGUCCUCCUAAGCAGAGGGCUGCUGAUCAGAGGAGCUUGACAGAAAUGUUUCAGCCAGCGAAGAGAGUAUCCCAGGAGUGUAGAGAUGCGGCCACUAGUACAAGUGUUAACUGUAUCUCGGACGACAGUCAAAGUGGGGUUGCUGCUGGUGAGGACGAUGACAGUGUGCAGACAUCAGGAGGUGGUAGUCAGGACGUGGUUGCGACAACUGCAGAGGUUGUUAGUGAUAGUGACCAUGGAUCAUUCUUGGAGGCUGUAGCUACAGCCAUGGAAGGGAAAGCACUCAGUGAUGAGGACAAGGUGAAAGUGAUUGCUAGGAGAAAACCAAGCGAGCAGACAAUAUUGCCUUUUAGGAAGUAUGUUGAUAAGCGCAGGAAGAGUGGCUACUCAGAGAGAUUUGUCCAGAAAAAGUGGUUUGACCAAUUUGAUUGGCUAGGAUACUAUGAGGGAUCAUGCCGUGGUGAUAAUUUUGUUGUCCGUCUUCACACGGAUUGGAAGAAUCUUAUUGCUGAUGCUGCUGAGCAUGAAUCUACCCAGUACCACAGAAAUGCUGCUGCCAAGUCGCUGGCAUUUCUUAGUACUGACAAGCACCCUUCUGAGAGGAUAGACCUGAUGCAGUCUCAAGCAGCUACAGAAAGGGUAUCUGCCAAUCGUUGUAUACUGUUGUCUGUUCUGAGGUGUUUAGAACUAGCUGCACGUGAAGGUGUAGCGCUGCGCGGUCACCGUGAUGACCUUACAUAUGAUCAUUCACCUCAAGGUAACUUCAUGGCGUUUGUGAAGUUUGCUAUCGAUUCUGGCGAUAUUGUCCUGAAGGAGCACCUUGAGUGUUGUUCUCGUAAUGCCACCUACAUGUCGAAAACUACCCAGAAUGACCUCAUGAAAUUGAUGGCAGAUGACAUAAUUCAGCAAAUAGUGGAUAAUGUAAAAAGUAGUCCGUUUUUUGCUGUGCUGGCAGAUGAAGUAAGAGAUGUAAGUGGGUGGGAGCAGUUGGCAGUGUCUCUUAGAUACAUGAAGGACAACAAGGCAGAAGAGAAGUUGAUUAAGUUCAUUGCUUGCAGCUUUGGGACAGGUAGUAGCAUCUGUGCUGAGAUACGGAAUGCCUUGAGGCAGCUUGGUCUUGAUGAAACACGUUGUCGAGCCCAGGCCUAUGAUGGUGCUGGUGCUAUGUCUGGCCACCUUAACGGUUGCCAGAAGAAUUUUCGAGACCAUGUACCCCGGGCACAGUACUAUCACUGCUGCAGUCACCAACUGAACUUGGCGUUGACAAAGUCUUGUAAUGUGUCUGAAGUUCACUGCAUGCUUUCCGACUUGAAGGCUGUUGGGCUCUUCUUCAAGUACUCCCCAAAACGGCAACGUACAUUAGAGCAGAGUGUUGAACAAGAAAACACCAAGCGGACAUCUGCCGGUGAAAAGCCAAUCAGAGCUCAGAAGCUAAAGCUACUGUGUGAAACUCGCUGGGUAGAACGGCAUACUGCCUUAAAAGACUUCAGAGAUAUGUACUUUGCCUUAGUCCACUGCCUCCAAGUUAUUUCAGGCCAGAUCAUUGCCACUCCAACUGCUGCCUCUAAGUACGAUGCGAAGUCUGUCACUGAGGCAAAUGGCCUCCUCCGCUCGAUAACGUCAGAUUCAUUCAUCGUAGCUCUGCACUGCUGCACAUAUCUGUUCGGUUACACAAAGUGUCUGAGUGUUCUACUGCAAGGAUCGCAAUUGGAUGUGCUGGAGGCAUAUGGUGAAAUCAACCAAGUUCUAGGUCUGUUAGAAGAGAUCAGAAGUAACAGUGAGAGAGAAUUCUCUUCAAUUUUCGCCUCUGCAUCAGCAGUUACAUCCCGUGUCUUAGACCAAGACCAUCCACAAGUUCCUCGCUUAGCUGCACGACAGACACUACGCAGCAAUCAUCCUGCAUCAACUCCAGAGAGCUACUGGCGGAGAGCUGUCUUCAUUCCAUUCAUUGACAGCAUGAUCAGUGAACUUGGCAGUAGGUUCACUGACAUGAGCCAUGCAUCAGUGCAAGGACUGCUGCUCCUGCCAAAACACUGCCAGAGCCUCACUCCUCACCACCAGGCAGCUAUCCUGAAGGCUUAUGCUCCAGAUUUGCCUGAUGACCCAACUUUUGAGGCCGAGAUACGCCGAUGGAAGAGGAAGUGGGAGUAUGCAGGUGCUGCUACCUUACCAACCAGUGUUACAGAGACGCUGGGUGCUGUGAAUGAAGUGGCAUAUCCCAACAUUGUCUGCAUUCUUCGCCUGUUGUUGAUAAUACCCGUCACCACAGCCACAGUUGAAAGAGCGAACUCUGCACUAAAGCUGAUCAAAACAGACCUGCGGAGCACGAUGGCACAAGACAGGCUAAAUGCGCUAGUGCUCAUGUUUGUCCACAAGGACUUGUCUGUCAACCAUGAGCGUGUGAUAGACUCUUUUGCGAAGGCAUAUCCGAGACGCUUGCUGUUCCUGGAUCCAACUGCUACAACAGAAGAAGCACAAUCACAGUGA